AUGCACCACGUCCUCAACCUAAUCCUCGUUGCCACCGCUGCAACAGCCCUAGUGCUACCCGAGGGCUCAAAGAUCAGUGCACCGAUCUUGAAGAUCAUCGACGAUAUGGCACAGCCAGCCCCAGCGCCACCAGUCCCUGCCCCUGCUACACCAGCCAUUUGCUUCUGGUCGCUGUAUUGCGACGAUGCUUGCAAAGACAGCAGUACCUUUUGCAAGAGCGACGGCACUAUUGACAGCAAGGAUAAGAAGUGCCGCGAUAGCUGCAGUUGCUUUCACGCUUGCGGUUAA